CAGAACGGCGUGAUGUGCUCUGAAUCUAUCUACCAACUAAACAUUUUAAUAGAGGGUCCUAAAUAUAAGAACCGAGCAAGAUUCCCAGGGUAGGGACGAGGGGAGAAAACCCCGAAACAAGGCCCCCUUUAGCAGCUUGAGCUGGAUAGCCUCUUAUUCAUGCCUUAGCAAUCGCGUGCUCGCGCGAGAAAACUCGUCUUCUGUCGAUGCUUCGGCAACCAGCCAUCCAAACUAAACCCAUCCCCCUUUUCCAACUAGCAUAUACUUAUAUACACGUCCCUACGAGGCUGUGGUAAACGGCAUCGGGUUUCUCAUCUCGCCAUCGAGUGUCCACCUGGGGAAAUCAUGGUUAGUCACCGCCAGACGGUCACCCCGGCCCUACCGCGAACUCUCCCCUCGCGGUCUAAUUCCUCCGUCUGCCAGGUCCACGCCGACGCGUCCAACUUCGCCGACGGCAUCACCAAGGAGCAGGCCUACGAGCAGGUGCUGCUGCAGGCCGAGGGCCUGUUCGACGGGCAGAGGAACUGGGUCUGCAACCUCGCGAACACGGCCGCCUUGCUAUGGCACGCAUACAAGUCGCUCCCCGCGCCGAGCAGCCGGGUGAACUGGGCAGGCUUCUACGUCUUGGACCCGGCCGCGCCGGCGUCUGAGCCGCGGCUGGUGCUGGGCCCGUUCCAGGGCAAGGUGGCGUGCCAGACGAUCGCGUUCGGGCGCGGCGUGUGCGGCGCCGCGGCGGCCGCGCGCGCCACCCAACUCGUCGCCGACGUCGACCAGUUCCCCGGCCACAUCGCCUGCGACGGCGACAGCCGCAGCGAGAUCGUCGUGCCCGUCGUCGUCGUCGCAGGCGCCGCCGCGAAGCUCGUCGCCAUCAUCGACGUCGACUGCGCUGACCUCGCCGGCUUCGACGACGUCGACAAGGCGUACUUGGAGCGGCUGGCUGACCUGCUGGCGCGGAGCUGCGACUGGUGAUGAGGUUGGAUUGGGCGGGUUUCGGGCAGUGGUUCAGGGGCGCGUCGGAGGCGAACCCGGGCUGUGGAUGCUGCAGUUAGUAGAUGUCGAAUACACCCCGCUGCCAUCCUCGAGUCAGUAGUAGCAGCGCAUUCGAGCCUUCAACGUCGAUGGCGACGCUCAAUUCUACGGAACAGCUUGAGAAUCCUGUCGAGAGCCUCAUUGUCGAGACUUUAACCCGGCGAGCACGGCGCAUAGCUCACUACCUAUUCCGAAGC